GCAAUAUUACCCCUGCAGUUUUUGAACUGCAAUGCAUCUCUAGCAGCUCUUUGGUCAAUAGAGAAGUUAUUCUUCAUGAUGGCUCAUGAGGGUUUCAUUAGUGCUGAGCAAUAAAGGGGAAGGUUUUAUUUGGGCAGGUAGGGUCUUCUUUUGAAACGUUGAGGGAAGCAGGAAUGAAAUGUGGGAGCAUAGAUCGUGUAGUGAGUCAUCUGAAUCGUCACGCUGACUCUCUGAGAGGACACAUCACCCUCUCUCUGCACAUUUUCAUGAACAAAAAGUUCUUAUAAUCAAUCUUUUUCUAAACUUCACUCCGUCCCUCUUUAUGCUUUCUCGCUCUGGAGGAUGAAGAUGCAGAUUCUUGUUGAGGCCGGGCGCAGGACGGUGAGAAUUAGAGUAGGCGCUUCCUUCCUGUUCGCUGUACUUCCACCUUACUGCAGCAGUAGUCGGCGUUCAAGCUCAGGUCUGAUCAGACUCCUACAGAAUGACAGACGGAGAGGAGAUGGAAGGAAAAAAGGCCUCACCAGCUUGACUGAAAUGCUGGAGGAAACGGAUAGAAAAUAAAAAAAAAAAAAGUCUGAAAGUUUCUCCACAUCUACCAGCAGAGCAAACUUUUCUAACAUGAGCGCACGGAAGAGUCUAACGAGUGCUGGGAUCAGGUGAAGUCCGAGAUGAUUUAUGCGAGCUGGCGCUGCCUCUGCCUCUUUGUGGAUGACCAUAAAGGCGUUUGGGAAAGGUGGAGAUGGAGAAGGACAAGAGAAAGAUCCGCAUGCUCUUCUUCUACCUGUUCGGGAAGAACAAGCCGUUGACAGGCCGGCCCGUUAAACAUAAGAGCUGCAGAUCGAACGCGGCAGCAGGCAGCUCUGAUACCGCUGUUGCCCCUGAACCGAGGAACCUGUGGACGGAAGACGGAGACGUCAAAGAGUACAACAUCACCAAUGUGGUCAAAGAGGGCUCGGAGAAGGCCGACGCCUCCCAGUUUGAGCUGCUCAAGGUUCUGGGACAGGGCUCCUUUGGAAAGGUGUUCCUUGUGCGAAAGGUGACUCCUCCUGAUGCUAACCAGCUCUAUGCCAUGAAGGUUCUCAAGAAGGCCACACUGAAAGUGAGAGAUCGGGUCAGAACCAAGAUGGAGAGAGACAUCCUGGCAGAUGUCAACCACCCGUUUGUCGUCAAGCUCCACUACGCAUUCCAGACUGAAGGGAAGCUGUAUCUGAUCCUGGACUUUCUCAGAGGGGGAGAUCUUUUCACCAGACUUUCUAAAGAGGUGAUGUUCACCGAGGAGGAUGUGAAGUUUUAUCUAGCAGAGCUGGCGUUGGGACUGGACCACCUUCACAGCCUUGGCAUCAUUUACAGAGACCUCAAACCGGAAAACAUUCUCUUGGAUGAAGAGGGACACAUCAAGCUCACAGAUUUUGGUUUGUGUAAAGAGGCGAUUGACCAUGAGAAGAAAGCCUACUCCUUCUGUGGUACUGUGGAGUACAUGGCUCCUGAGGUCGUGAACCGGCAGGGACACACCCACAGCGCCGACUGGUGGUCAUUUGGAGUACUGAUGUUUGAGAUGCUGACAGGAGCGCUGCCGUUUCAAGGGAAGGACCGCAAGGAAACCAUGAACCUGAUUCUGAAGUGAGCUCCUUCUGGGCAGCCCCAGUUCCUGAGUGUGGAGGCCCAGUCUCUGCUCAGAGCUCUUUUCAAGAGGAAUCCCUCCAACAGACUGGGAUCUGGAGCUGAUGGAGCAGAGGAGAUCAAGCGACACGGAUUCUUCGCUACUAUAGACUGGAAUAAACUCUUUAGAAAAGAAGUCAAACCUCCAUUCAGACCAGCCGUUGCCCGUCCGGAUGACACCUUCUACUUUGAUUCUGAAUUCACUUCCCGCACACCAAAAGACUCUCCUGGUGUGCCGCCAAGUGCCGGAGCUCAUCAGCUCUUCAGGGGCUUCAGCUUUGUUGCAUCAACCAUGUUGGAGGAGGACGGUUCGGUGGAGCCGCCACAGCCUCCACCACACCCCGUGGUCAAGCAGCUGCACGGGAAGAACUUGCUGUUCAGCGACGGCUACGUCCUCAAGGAGGACAUCGGCAUGGGCUCCUUCUCCGUCUGUAAGCGCUGCGUCCACAAAGCCACCAACACCGAAUACGCCGUCAAGGUGAUUGACAAGACCAGCACAGACCCCUCUGAGGAGAUUGACAUCCUCCUUCGAUACGGACAGCAUCCAAACAUCAUCACCCUGAAGGAUGUGUACGACAACGGGAAGCAGGUGUUCCUGGUGACGGAGCUGAUGCGUGGAGGAGAGCUGCUGGACCGCAUCCUCAAGCAGAAAUUCUUCUCAGAGCGAGAGGCCAGCGCCGUGCUCCACACCAUCACCAAGACGGUGGAGUACCUGCACUCCCAGGGGGUGGUCCACAGAGACCUGAAGCCCAGUAACAUUCUCUACGUUGACGAGUCGGGCAAUCCCGAGUCCAUCAGGAUCUGUGACUUCGGCUUCGCUAAGCAGCUGCGUGCCAACAACGGCCUGCUCAUGACCCCGUGCUACACGGCUAACUUUGUGGCUCCUGAGGUGCUGAAGCGUCAGGGUUAUGAUGAAGGAUGUGACAUCUGGAGUCUGGGAGUUUUACUGUACACCAUGCUGGCUGGUUUUACUCCGUUUGCUAACGGACCUGAAGAUACCCCAAAUGAGAUUCUGAACAGAAUAGGAAACGGUCACUUUAGUCUGAAUGGAGGAAAUUGGGACACGGUGUCUGACGCAGCCAAGGACCUCGUCUCCAAGAUGCUUCAUGUGGACCCCCUUCAGAGACUGACGGCUAAGCAGGUCCUCAAACACCCCUGGAUCGUCCAGAGAGAAAAACUACCCAACAGCCAACUUCCACAUCAGGACCCUAAACUGGUCAAGGGUGCAAUGGCGGCCACCUACUCCGCCCUGAAGAACUCGCAGCCCACCCCCGAGCUGAAGCCCAUCGAGAGCUCCUUCCUCGCUCAGAGGCGCGUGAAGAAGCUUCCCUCCACGUCUCUGUAGAGACUCCGAACCGCCUUUCACCUCACUGGAGUCGAGCCACACCUUACUGCUCCAAAAACCACCCAGUCAGCUUUGCUUUGGGGAGUCCACCCGCCAAAAAAUCAAGCCAAGGAACACUGACCUGUGAUCCUGCCCCCCUACCCAUCACGUGGCAUCCGUUCUCCCGCUCUCGCCAUCAUCCUCCUCGCUGCUGACCGCCAGUAACAAAGGAUGGAUUGGGAGCGAAAGGGAACAAGAAAAAAAGAAGGGGUGUAGGGUUUUUUUUGGCAGAUGUAGUGAAGUGUUGGUUGUGAUUGUGCGUGUGAGUGUGCGUGCAUGACCUGCCACACAGUGGGUGGAGCCAUGUUUUCGAUGGUGGCCAUUUCUCCUGAUCACUGCUGUAAUUGGUUCUCGCUGCACGCCUGUCUGUCUGCCUGUUUUGUUGUCCUUCGUUUUUGUUUUUUUUCGUAGCGUCCAUGAGCUUUAAACGACUGGUCGUGCUGCCAAAUCAGCCUGUGCGGGCAGCAGCGGACCACCCCUCUGUCAAACUGCUGUUAAAUGUUUGUUGAAUAGCAUUGUUAAUAUGAAUAUUGUUUGUUUUUUUUCGCCAUAAAUGCCUCUUUGGCUUUGGUACAACCAGAAAAAAAGUGGCUUCUGGGAAAUGUCAAAUGCUAAUGUUUGGUUAUUGUUGAUUUCCAGGGUGUGCGUGUGUGUGUGUGUGUGUGUGUGUGUGUGUGUGUGUGUCUCGCGGGAUGCUGCAGAGUCAUGUGCAUGAUCUGGUGACGUGAUGACGUAAUGUGGCUUCCUCUUUCGCUGCUCUCCCUUCUUUCUCUGCUUGGUCGAUCUGCUGGAAAACAGUUGAGACAUCUAUUAUUUUUAUUACUACCAAAAUAGUAAAAUAGGUGGCUUUCUGUGAAAGAAGACCUGCCCAAGGAACUAUGUGGCAUGUUGGGACUUGCUAUCUACUCUUUUUUCCCCUCCUCUGUGUUUCUCUAUGCAUAUUGCAAGAUGUUUUUUUUUUUGUUUUUUUUUUUUUUUUGGCUGCUUUUGUUGUUUUCUUUCUUUUUUGUCCAAAUAGUGGAAGACACGCUGUGUUCUUUUGUUUUAGAAAUUAAAAAAAGGCUGUUUAGUGAAACUGAGCACUCAAAUGUCCAAUCGUUCUAUUCAAUCAGUGGUAACAAACAGACCUGCACUCAUUCUUGAGUGUUCCGUUUCCCUUUCAUACAAUUAUUAAGUAACUUGUUAACACUCCAACUUUCAAUUUGAAGUCUUCUUAGUGGGAGCAAAUGUUUUCUCCGUAAAUGAAACCCACUUUCAGCUCAGCAUCGAUGCCCAUCAGUGAAUUUCAGCCGAACUGCCCGUUUCUGAAGGGAAAGGCCUGAGAGGCCGAAUUCAGCAGCUGUCUUACCUCAAAAGGGAUCAAAUUAUGUUUCAGCUCUUUGUUUGAUGGCAAACCUUUUCCUUCUUUGACUAAUGGUGUUAUGUUAAGAUGUUAUUGUAUGAUGAAGAUGAAGAUUUUUAUAUCUUACAAUAUUAAAAAUUGAGUUGCUAUGACACAA